AUGGAAAGAGUACAAGAUUUAUUGCAAGUUGGACGUUUGGUAACUAAUAAAAGAGGUGGGCAUGGACUUUCACUCGUGAGUUUGGAAACAUUACACUUGAGCUUAUUGCCUGACAUGAGGUGUAUAUGGGAGGGUCUCAUGCCGAGCAAAUUGACUAUUUUGAAGGUAAAAGAGUGUAGGAGACUGACAUAUGUAUUCACAGACAGCAUGAUUACUAGUCUAGUUCAACUGGAAGUUCUAAAGAUAUCAAAGUGUGAGGAAUUGGAGCAGACCAUUGCUAAGGAUGAUCAUGCUUUGCCUGUCAAUGUUGAGAAGGAGAUGGUGUUCCCUAAUCUGCAGGAGUUGUCACUUCAACAAUUACCAAGUAUUGCGUGCUCCAUUCCCAGAUGUUAUGAUUUCUUAUUCCCUCGUUCGGAGAAGUUGGAGAUGCGUCAAUGCCCAAAGCUGAUCACAAAACAUGCUACUACAUCAAAUGGUUCAAUGGGUGCUCAAUCAGAGGUGUUUAUAAAUUCAAAAGAAAUAUAUAUUAGAAACUGUGAAGGAGUACAAGAUUUAAUGCAGGUGUAUAUGGAAGGGUCUCGUGCCGAGCAAUUUGACUACUUUGGUUGUGAAUGA